GACAGCUGUCAUUGUAUUUGUUUUGUUUUGCGUUUGCGAAAUAACACUGAAGAAAUCUAAUUAAUCUGAUUUGUGAAAAUAUUUUUCAGAAACAGAAACAUUCUAACAUUCCGUUUUAUUUUAGUAAAUGAAGGACACCAAAAGAACCAAAGCUAGUACCUACUAAAUAUUAUUUAUUUCAUUAACGCUACGAAUGUAAGAAAUGCGAAUGAAACAGAUGCUUGUCUGCACUAAAGAACAAAGAAAAGAUAAACAUUGAAAUUAUGUGUGAUCAAGGUGAUAACGGCUAUCGACAACUGGACGAAGUGCGUUGUAGCGUUAAAUUGAGGCCACGAAAACAUAUUAGUGCAAGCAGAUGCCUAUUACUGUUCAGUGUAGUUGCUAUAGUGGUGAGUGUUGUGGUAAUAAUUACAACUACUACACUGUUGCUGCUCAUUCAGCAACUACAAGAUGUUGAGCAUGGAACCUUCUAUUCAUAUGGCUUAAUUAAAUCUAAUGUUCGUGCAAACUUAUACUCCAUUAAAAGAAAUUCAGAAUAUACUUUCACAAACUUCACAUACUCUGCAAAUAAGGUCCUUAAGGACCCAGAAAGGGUUGUAUCUUGUUAUUAUGACACACCUAACCCUAAUGAUUCCAACCAGUUAUUACCAAGCAAUAUCCACCCGCAUCUCUGCACACACAUUAAUGUCGCUUUUGCAAGAAUAGUCAAUAAGGAGAUAAGCUUAGAAAAAUGUCAAUAUAAAGCUUUGUUGGAUGUAGUUAAACUUAAAGAGGCAAAUCCAACACUGAAAAUUCUGCUAUCUGUGGGAGGUGCAAGCAAUGAGAAUGGGUUUUCAGAGAUGGUAGUGAAUCAUGCAUCGAGAAAAGUAUUCAUCAAGUCUGUAAAGAGUAUUCUUCGCAACUACAGCUUGGAUGGAAUAGAUCUUGAUUGGGAGUUCCCUGCCGUCAGCAUAAAUAGAGGUAACGGUACACAUAAUCGUGAAAGGCAACAUUUCUCACAGUUGUUGAGAGAAAUAAGGAGUGAAUAUAUCAGAGAAAAACGUGAUUACUUGUUAACUGUAGCAGUUGCAGCACCUCGGACCAUAGUUGAUAUUGCUUAUGAUGUGGAUCAACUCGAUUUAUAUACUGAUUAUGUCAAUGUCAUGACUUAUGACUUUCACUCAUUUACAAAAUACACCCCAUUCACAGGGUUAAACUCUCCACUGUAUUCGAGACACGAUGAGUUUCUGUAUAUGGCCACCUUGAACAUAAACUACACAGUGCAAAUGUAUUUAAGUAAAGGACUUAAUAGAAAUAAAAUUGUAGUAGGAAUUCCAACAUAUGGGCACUCUUUCACAUUGGUAAACACAAACAAUGCUAGAGUGGGGAGCCCAGCAUCUGGUUUCGGUACUUUGGGGGGAAUGGGGUUCGUCAACUACCCAGACAUAUGCCUGUUUGUCUCGAGCCACCGAGAAGUAGUCAUAAAACGGGAUGACGAAGCCAAAGUGCCAUACUUGUACAGAGGCAGUGAGUGGGUGUCUUACGAAUCUCCCGCGAGUGUAGCCGCCAAGGCCGACUUUAUCAGAGACCGCGGCCUGCGCGGCGCCAUGAUCUACUCGCUCAACGCUGACGACUUCGGCGGCGUCUGCUCCGCGCAGCCCGGUGGCAACAUCAAGUUUCCGCUCAUUCGCUCCAUCACCAAUUCCCUACUCGGUAGCGAGACCGACACUAUGAACGACAGCCGAGAAAUGGAAAAGUAAGCGACCGACAACCGAGCGCGAUAGACAGACGAGUUGAGGGAUGCGUGAUGGUGGUGAAAGUGCGCGAUUACCUUGUUUCUCUUGGAGACGUAAGUGAUUUUGUACAUAGUACAGGAUUUCAUGAUAGUCGGCGAGGCGUCCCUUGUCCGCGCCUGCGUCGACGGCUAACGGGCGCUUGCUGCGUGCUAUGUGGUGCGGGUCCGGGUCUGGUGUCCAGCGACGAGCGGGCGCCGGUGCGGCCGCCGCGCGCGCACUGCGCUCUGAGAGCCGGCGCUGCUCACCCGCACAGAACCGCACGCGCAUUCAUUACACAC